GACACUAAUUUUUUCCUCUGGUCCUAAGGGGUCUCCUUCUCUAUAUAAGGCUCUCAGAGUUGCUCAGGAGUUACACAGUCUCUAUGUUCCCCGGGAACACCACCAAUAGCAGCAGCCUGCUCCUCUCAUAAGAGAAUUAACAGCUUUCCGGCGCUCAGAGGAAGCUGCACCGAAAAUACUCAAUCUACUGGAUACUAACAAAGAAACAGAGAGAGGAAGGAAACCAUCAUUGAAUCGUCAUUUCAACCCUGCAGAUUUUAUCUGGAACUGUGAAAGGAGCCUCUCUAUAUCCACAAGCUGCUGUCUAGUCAUAAAGUAUAAACUACGCAGCUCAAGUGUCAGGAUGACCUGCGCUACAGUGACCUGGCCCCUUGUCCUCGUCCUCGUGCUGUUGUGCAUCAGAGACUCGGCUUCCCUCUUCCUGCCAGACUCCAGCGAGCUCAGGAAGCUACUGAGCCGCUAUGAGGAGGAAGCAGAGCAGAAAGGCACCAGCAACACAGCUGGUAACAGGACCCGCCGAGCCAUCCUCUGGUCAGACCGUGAGGAGAUCCUGCAGCUGCACAACAAGCUGAGGGGUGGGGUUUACCCCACCGCUUCAAACAUGGAAUACAUGAUUUGGGAUGAUGAGUUGGAGCGAUCUGCCACUCAGUGGGCAGAGGAGUGUCAGUGGGACCAUGGACCUCAGGACCUGCUCAUGUCUAUUGGACAAAACCUGGCAGUUCACUGGGGCAGGUNCCGUUCACCUGCCUCCCACGUCCAAUCCUGGUACGAUGAAGUGAAGGACUACACCUACCCCUACCCUCAUGAGUGCAAUCCCUGGUGUCCAGAACGUUGCUCUGGGCCAAUGUGCACUCAUUACACCCAGCUGGUGUGGGCAACUACUAACCGAGUGGGCUGCGCUGUGCACGUGUGCCCAAGGAUGAACGUGUGGGGAGAAAUAUGGGAGAAUUCGGUUUACCUUGUGUGCAACUAUUCCCCAAAGGGCAACUGGAUUGGAGAGGCCCCAUACCAGCAUGGCCGACCUUGUUCCCAGUGCCCUCCAAGCUAUGGAGGAGGAUGCAGAAAUAACCUUUGCUACAAAGACUCUCAGCAGCCAGAGAUUGAAGACAUGAACGAGGUGGAGAAGCCUCAGGUCCCACUGCCACCCCGUACCACUGCCAGACCUAAAACUAUUGCUCCAAAGAAACCUGUGUCCAGACCCUCCAGUCCCAAGAACACUAAUCCCAGGACAACGCCUUCAAAAACUCCCAGCAGCACUUUUCUUGCUCACAAUAUUAAGUGUGAGACAAGACUGCGAGAUAAGUGCCGUGGCUCAACCUGCAGCAGAUUCAACUGUCCUGCUAACUGUGUGCAAAAGAAAGGAAAAGUUUGGGGAACUGUCACUUAUGAUGUGCAAUCAAGUAUUUGCCGAGCUGCUAUCCAUCAUGGUGUGAUUGACAACAACGGAGGACUAAUUGAUAUCUCCAGAAUGGAUAAGUUACCAUUCUUUGUCAGAUCUACAAAGAAUGGCAUUGAGUCUUUCAGUAAAUAUAAAGCUGGAAAUGGCUUCACAGUGGCCAGAGUGAAAGAAAUGACAGCUGAUUGUUACACCACAGUGGCUGAAAUCUGCCCUUACAAAGAACCAAACUCACACUGUCCAAGAGUCUUCUGUCCAGAGAACUGCAAGGCUCAGCCCUCAUACUGGUCGCCUGUUAUUGGAAACAAGAUUUACACAGAUAACUCCAGCAUUUGCAAAGCGGCCAUCCAUGCAGGCGUAAUCAAACCCAAUGGCGGCUUUGUUGAUGUUUUGCCUCUGGACAAGAGAAAGAGCUACACAGGAAUUCUGAAAAAUGGCAUCCAAUCUGAAAGCAGAAGCAACAUGGAGGGAGGAUCCUUCCGAGUCUUUGCUGUGAGGCAGUGAGACUUAAGUUCAGUAAUCUGAAGACCAACAGAGUCACCUCAGCUGCUCUCGAAGAGAAGAAAGUGCCCAUAGCUUUGAUGCCAUGGCUGUUUGUCUGUCCCAUCUGACUGACAGAAACUUUCCCCACUCAGUUAACAAACAGUAGUCAUACAGUAAAAUCCAUCCACUCAUCCAACACAUUGAUAGUCCUUCAUGUUUCUUCAUCUUUUCUUAGACUUACAUAAUCUGUGAAUACAGAAUUUUUUUUAUAAAUAUAUUAUAAAAAAUGCAUUGAACAGCUGGUGCUGGAAGUUUUGAGUUACAAAAAGCAAUAUGUUUACAUUGGUGUUCUUAUUACAAGUGUCAUUUGUUUUUCAUACACAGGAAUGUAUCCAGAUCACACUGUAUUUAAUCAUUGUGUACAGAAUAUAUUAUAUUUUGUUUGUUUUCAAAGAAAUAAUAACAUGUUUAAGUUCUAGCCAUUUAAAAAAUAUAUAGCCUUCUUCUUCAUCAUUGCUUUUCUAAUCCUUAGCAGUGAAGUCCAAGUUUAGUGUGAGCAAAGAUGUUUUGUUGGGUUUUUUUGACCAGAAAUUUUGAAGCAGAUACAAAUAUUCUGCGAAAUGAAUGUGUAUAAAGGCAGCAGGCACUGCUGGAGAGAAGUAAUAGAAGACUAGUGUUGCUUCAGUGCCUGCCAUGUGGAGGUGUUCGGUUAAUGGAGAGCUGAUGUAGGUGAGACAGUUUGUGCACUUAUAAUAAUAAGUAGUAACAUCCCAAUUUAUAUUUAUUAACUGCUUAGUGCUUUCUUCUUUUCUUUCUUUCUAAUAAAUAUAUUUCAUGAAAAUGCUAAAUGCCCCCCCCCUUCCCACGUGAGACCGUUGAAUGUGUUGCAUGUUUCAGGUACAAAGAGUGCUUUUUGUUUAGAGACUGGACAGUGUUGUGAAGGUUUGACACUAACACUGUGCAGAACACACAGGAGACAAGUGUAAUAUCUCUCACCAUAGUGGAUUAAAGCACGGUUGCGUUUGGUCAGGUCUGAUUAAUAUUUUUGCUCUGUACCCAUCUUCAUCCCAUUUAGCCUGUUUAACCUACCUGCUGGUUUUCUUCUUUUCCAACUUCCUGUCUCUUUAUCCUACCUCAGUCCUAUCGCUGUGCUUAGUAUUUAGAUCUUUUCUAUGUGGGAAUUUUGUCGAAAACGCUAAAGGUUUUGUAAAGUUGUGGGAUCUGUAAAUACGAAUAUUUUUGUUUUUGAAUCAUCUUUAUACAGUAAGAUUAAAAUUAAGUAAUUGUGUGAAUUUGUUUCAAUUGUCUUGGAUGUAUUGCGUUUAUACAGGUUUAGGAUGCCUUCUAUACUUUUUGCACAGUUUGAAAAUCGAGUGUCUUACAAAUCCCAAUGUACACAAUUCUUUUUUUCUUUUAAAUUAAAAAGUCUUGUCAAAUAUGAUAUUUCAGAAAUCAUUACGCAUCAUGGGUGUUAUUUUGUGAUUUUUGUGUGUCUUUGUGAGCAAUAAUAUUUGAAGAAUGAGCCGCUUUACUAAGUAAAGGAUAAUAUCCAUAUCCAGAAAAGUGAAGCAACCCUUUGCUUACUCUUAGCUACAUAAGGUCCUGACUUCAUGACCAUGAAAUGUUACAAGUCUGGCUUUAACUGGUGUCCACAGUAACGUGGUUGAAACCAAUGCCCGUGCAGAUUGCAAAAAAAUGUAUUUUAAUAAGAUCUUGUAACUGUAUUAAAUGUACUUUGGCCUCAA